AUGCAGAGGGGCUCCUGCCUGGAGGUCGGAGGCGACCGCGGGGAGCCGGCGCUCUGUGGUCCGGCUCACGAGUCCCUUCUUUGCAGGCACGGCUGCCGGACGGUCAUCGCAAGCCGGAACCUGCAGCGAGUGUCGGAGGCCUCUAAAAAUCUGGUGGCGGCUACGGGCCCGCAGUGCCUGCCUCUGUCCAUAGAUGUCAGGCAGCCCCAAACCAUUGCGGCAGCGGUGGAUGAGGCACUGAAAGAGUUCAAGCGGAUUGACAUCCUCGUUAACGGUGCUGCAGGAAACUUUCUGUGCCCAGCCAGCGCCCUGUCCUUCAACGCCUUCAAAACGGUGAUAGAUAUCGACACCAUCGGCACCUUCAACACCUCCAAAGUCCUCUUUGAGAAAUAUUUCCGGGACCACGGUGGGGUCAUCGUUAACAUCACGGCAACCCUGAGCUACCGAGGGCAGGCCCUCCAGGUGCAUGCUGGUACUGCUAAGGCUGCCAUAGAUGCCAUGACCCGUCACCUUGCUGUGGAGUGGGGACCCAACAACAUCCGAGUGAACAGCUUGGCGCCGGGCCCCAUUACAGGCACCGAGGGCUACCGGCGGCUGGGUGGGAAGUUUGCCGAGGAAGCAAGCCAGUUCGACGUGAUCCCGCUCCAGCGCGCAGGGAACAAGACGGAGAUCGCCCACAGCACGCUGUACCUGGCGAGCCCCCUCUCCUCCUACGUGACGGGCACCACCCUGGUCGUGGACGGCGGGAGCUGGCUGACCUCUGCCAACAACUUCCCCGCCUUGCUGGAUUUCUGGGCUGCAGGAGCAAACAAAAAUCAAUGACGGACAGCCUGGGACUGACCGAUGGACAGAAACGCCACCGAACACUGCUGCUCUGGGACAUCUCGGGGUGACGUCUCCCAGAGUUGGACCCGAUAGCUGCCGCCUCUGAUCGGCGACUGGUGGUGGUGACGCUGCUGAUCCUGCGUCCGCCUGGGGGAGGGAGCACCGGGGGUGCUGGGUGGGGGGCAAGCCCACCCUCGUUCUGUGCCGCUACUUUCUUCUGAGCUGACAUGGCUGAGGGUGCAGGGACAGCGCGGGGCGUGCAGGCUGUGAUGUUCACUGUCAGUUUGUGUCUCCCUCCGAGUUGCUCUCCUGGCCUUUCCUGAGUCCCAGGCAGUGCUGCCCGUGGAUAUCCGUCCUCAUCCUCCCCUCUCCCCCAUCUCAGCCCGAGAGCUGCCCAGGACCCCCGGCAGCAGCUCCUUUUUGGGAGGGGGGAGUAGUUCAGCCCGUCUGGGGUUGAGAUCGGCCUUCGUGCUGGGGGCAGCUCGGGCUUGGCAGCAGUAGCUGGCGGCUCUUGGAGGGGAAACAAGGACCAAGCUGGCCCCUGGCAGGGGGAAACGGCCCUGUCCCCGCGGGGGGGGGGGUGGUGUGUGUGUCCUGGAUGGGGUAGUGGUCCCCGGAGGCUGAUGCAGAUGCAGCUGGGAUGUCCCUCUCCUGGGAGCAGAGGUGGUGUGAGGUCAAAUCCCACCGGAGCUGGCUCUGUACUGCUGAGGACGGUAGCACCGAAUCUUUUGGGAGCCUGAGAUGUCCAGUUGUCUGUCCAGCACCCAUCUGUCUGUCACGCCAGUCUCAUGCUGUCUCCUUUCUUUGUACAGACGCUACAGCUGAGGGUAAAUCAAGGGCCAGCUGAAAUUCAGUCCUUUCCCAGCAGGGCUCUGAGCUGACGAGCUGCAGGGGCCGCACCGGGUCCGCACCGGGCUGCUGGAGCCAAACACGUCCCUGGUGCCAGCGCCUCAGGGGACACGCACCGCUCGCGUGCAGCAGCCUCCUGCUGCUGACGGCAAUUUUUAAGCUUAUCCUGAAUUCCGUGAAGCUUGUUUUCCUACUAGAUUGCAUUUCCUACUUGAUUGUAGACUUGCCAGGUUUUGCUCCUUCCUCCAGGCCACGAAUAAAGAACUUCCACCCUGA